AGAAGGUAUUCGGCCAUUUUGGUCUGGAGUGAAGGGGGCCUUGGCUGUCACCACGUGAGGAAAGAAGAGCCCGAAAGAGAGCAAUACAACUCCGGGAGUUUUGACUAGAAGCGGCCGUGAGGGUAGAGAGAGAGAGGAAACUUGCAUUCUGAUUCAUGUGUGAAGCUACAGAGGAGUAGCCAGUUUACAGAAUGCCCACAAUCACUCUACCACCGAAGGAGAAUGCUCUAUUCAAGCGAAUAUUGAGAUGCUACGAGCACAAGCAGUACAGAAAUGGACUGAAGUUCUGCAAACAGAUCCUCUCCAACCCAAAGUUCGCAGAACAUGGAGAGACGCUAGCGAUGAAGGGCUUGACCUUGAACUGUCUGGGGAAGAAGGAGGACGCGUACGAGUUGGUGAGACGAGGUCUUCGGAAUGACCUCAAAAGCCAUGUCUGCUGGCACGUGUAUGGCCUGCUGCAGCGGUCCGAUAAGAAGUAUGACGAGGCCAUCAAGUGCUACCGCAACGCCCUGAAGUGGGACAAGGACAACCUGCAGAUCCUCAGAGACCUCUCGCUGCUCCAGAUCCAGAUGAGGGACCUGGAGGGCUACAGGGAGACCCGGUAUCAGCUCCUACAGCUUCGUCCGGCCCAGAGGGCCUCGUGGAUCGGCUACGCCGUGGCUUACCACCUCCUGGAGGACUUUGAGAUGGCCGCCAAGAUCGUUGAGGAGUUCCGCAAAACACAACAGACGUCGCCGGACAAAGUGGACUAUGAGUACAGUGAGCUGCUGCUGUACCAGAACCAGGUGCUCAGAGAGGCAGGUCUGUUCAAGGAGGCGCUGGAGCACCUCACCAACUACGAGAAACAGAUCUGUGACAAGCUGGCCGUGGAGGAGACCAGAGGGGAGAUCCUACUGAAACUGGAUCGUUCUGAGGAAGCCACAGAGGUUUACCGGCAACUCCAGGAGAGGAACCCUGAAAACUGGGCCUACUAUCAGGGUCUAGAGAAAGCACUGAAGCCAGCCAGCGUUGAGGAGAGGCAGAAGCUGUACGAGGAGGCCUGGGUGAAGUAUCCCAAAGGACUGGUUCCUCGGAGGCUACCGCUCAACUUCCUCACGGGCGAGAAGUUCCGUGAGUGUCUGGAUCGCUAUCUGAGGAUGAACUUCAGUAAAGGCUGUCCGCCCGUCUUCACCACCCUGAAGUCCCUCUAUCACGACAAGGAGAAGGUGGCGAUCAUUGAAGAGUUAGUGGUUGGAUACGAGACGUGUUUGAAAAGCUGUCGAAUGUUUAAUCAAAAUGAUGACGGCAAGGAGGAGCCCCCGACCACUCUCCUAUGGGUGCAGUACUUCUUGGCUCAGCACUUUGACCACGUGGGCCAGCAGACUCUGGCCCUAGAAUACAUCAACACUGCCAUCGAGAGCACGCCCACGCUCAUCGAACUGUUCCUCGUCAAGGCCAAGAUCUACAAGCACGCGGGGAACAUAAAGGAAGCAGCCCGGUGGAUGGACGAAGCUCAGGCCCUGGACACCGCCGACCGCUUCAUCAACUCCAAGUGUGCCAAGUACAUGCUGAAGGCCGGCCUGGUCAAAGAGGCGGAGGAGAUGUGCUCCAAGUUUACACGGGAAGGUGCGUCGGCGGUUGACAAUCUCAACGAGAUGCAGUGCAUGUGGUUCCAGACGGAAUGCGCCCUGGCCUACAAGUCCAUGAACAAGUUUGGAGACGCGCUCAAGAAGUGUCACGAGAUCGAGAGGCAUUUCGUGGAGAUCACGGAUGACCAGUUCGACUUCCACACGUACUGCAUGAGGAAGAUGACGCUGAGGUCGUACGUGGACCUGCUGAAGCUGGAGGACGUGCUCCGGAUGCACCCCUUCUACUACAAAGCCGCCCGCACGGCCAUCCAGAUCUACCUGGGCCUCCACGACAACCCCCUCACCGACGACAGCAAGGAGCACCAAGCCGACGCCGAAAACCUGAAUGACAAGGAGCUGAAGAAGCUGAGGAAUAAGCAGCGACGAGCCCAGAAGAAAGCCCAGCUGGAGGAGGAGAAGAAGAACGCGGAGAAGGAGAAGCAACUUAAGAACCAGAAGAAGAAGAAAGAGGAUGAUGACGAGGAGAUCGGAGGACCCAAGGAGGAGCUCAUACCGGACAAACUGGCAAAGGUGGAGAAUCCACUAGAGGAGGCUGUGAAGUUUUUGACCCCGCUUAAAAACCUAGUGAAGAACAAGAUUGAGACCCACCUUCUGGCCUUCGAGAUUUACUUCAGGAAAGAGAAGUACCUGCUGAUGUUGCAGUCGGUGAAGAGGGCGUUCUCCAUGGAGCCUUCCCACCCCUGGCUUCACCAGUGUUUAGUCCGCUUCUUCAAAGGAGUGUUGGACAGCAAGGACCUCCCGCAGGCAGUGCAGACUGUGUUGAAGCAGGAGAUCUCACGGCUGUUUGGGGAGAGUAACCCCCAGAACUACAACAACAACUAUCUGAGCCAACACUCUAACUCCAUACCGCACCGCGUUGCUGCUGCUAAGAUGAUGUUCUAUCUGGACCCGUCCGCGGACAAGAUGGCGUCUGAGCUGGCUACAGCGCUGGAUGACUGCCUCACAGGCCGAAGCAUUGCGAUCUGCACGGACGUGUUGGAGGCACUGCGUGAGGGCAGCCUGGGCGACGGGCAGCAGAAGGCGGCCGAGUUGUAUCGGGCCGCGUGCCACACUGUACCCCCACACCCUGGCCUUCAUGCCCCCCGGCUACGAGGACAACGCCACCAUCAGCGCCAACGGAGACCUGUCAGCGGGCGAACACGACGAUAUGGCCAACGACAUGUGAGGGAGGAGCGGGGAGAGGAGGAGGAGGAGGGAGGAGGAGCAGCGCACGCCGCCAGUCUGCUAACAACGCCCCGACUACGGUUUUGUUUGUGAAUGCCCCCCCCCUGCAGUGCACUGACCUGGACUGAGAGCCGCAGAGAGGGAGGGAGGAGAAACAAAUGUCUAUUUUACUCUUCUUUUUUUUCAUUUUUUUUUUUUUUAACCCUGUUGACAACUCUAACUGAAAAACAAAAAAACCAAACCUUAUCAGAGUGGAAAGAGGUUAGGGGGGACUGCUGUUAACACAGUCAGGCUUUCACGCCCGUGUUUCUCCUGUAUGUGCAUCUGCUUCUCACGUUUUUAAAGGUAAUUUAUAUAUUAAAAACAACAAAGAAUAAAAAAGUUUGCAAAAGUUAAAAGAUAAAUUGUAGUAGUAGUUGUGGUGGUGGUGAUGGAUUGUGGUUCUACUUGUGAGCUGGCGUUGGCCAUAAAAGAAGAGGAACUUUUUAAAGAGACAUCAGUUGUUUCCGGGGGUAGGCAUAGCGGCGUUGCACUCGGUUGAUCAGCUACUGAGCUCGAGCAGUUCUUUGCUUGGCCACAAGGGGGUGCAGCAGGAGAGGUCCCGGCGUGGCCUCCAGGAGGGGACCGGACAAGACUGAUCUAAAUGCAGAGACCCAGAGCUGAAAGCUCACCUGGAGUGCUGUAUGACUGACAAAUGUGCAGAUUUUUCUGUUUUCUUUUUCACUCUGUAUUAUUUUUUUCUUUUUUUUUUAACCCAUGUGAAAGUCCCAUGAAACCUUUGUGAUUAAGCAAAAAAAUUAUAAUACACCACGACAACAGCGUU